AUGAUUUUAGAUACGGAUGAAGAAAACACUUUGAAUCAAAAUAAUCUCGCAACCGCUCCAGUUAAAUGGCAUAAGAAAAGAAAGAAACAAAAAGAUAAAUUAAAGAAAUCAAAAAAGUCCAAAAAAGUAAAAAAGCACAAAGAAUCACAUAAGAAAAAAAAGAAGAGAAAAUUAUCAUCAGAUAGUUCAAGUAAUUCAAGUAGUGAAGGCGAUGGUGAUGAAUGGAUUGAGAAAAAAGGUGCCAAAGAAACUAGCGUUGAUGACAUGGUAGGGCCAUUACCAAAGCCUAAUGUAACUUUAACACAAAAAGAGUAUGGCCGCGCUUUAUUGCCCGGAGAAGGAGCAGCCAUGGCAGCUUAUGUACAAGAUGGUAAACGUAUUCCUCGACGUGGUGAAAUUGGUUUGACAUGUGAUGAAAUAUCAUCUUAUGAKGCUGUUGGGUAUGUAAUGAGCGGAAGUCGACAUAGACGCAUGGAAGCUGUACGUAUCCGUAAAGAAAAUCAAAUUUAUUCUGCUGAUGAAAAACGUGCAUUGGCUAUGUUCAGUAAAGAAGAACGACAGAAGAGAGAAAAUAAAAUUCUUACUCAGUUUAGAGACAUGGUGAAAAGCAAAACCUCAAAUAAAUAAUAAGAAAUUAAAUCUUGCAAUAAAUGUAAAAUAAUAUAAUUGACUGAUUACAAUAAAAUAUUAUGAUUUAUUGUUUAAUGUAUAAUACAGAAUUGUAUGUAAUUCAAAGGUAAAUUUAAAAAGAAUCAAGCGAAUUUGAAAUUAGAUUUAGAGAGACAAAAAAUGUCCAAUCACAUGUUAUGAUGAAUACUUUUUGUUUUAUGUUGUCUUAUUUUAAUUCAAAUGCAAAUAUUGUUUAUAACAUUAUCAUAUUAUAUUAAUUAUUAAUACUUUAAUAUAGAACUCGCUGGUGGGUAUCCAAAAUUCCAAAAUCUCAAGUAUAUUGACCGAUAAACAUGUUUUCUCUCAGAGGAAGUACUUGGUGGGUAGUAAUUAAAACGAUUUUAUUAAAUUUUAAUACUCACAGCCGUUCAUAUAAUGGCCAAUAACUACUGCUAAUAGAACUAUUUAUCAUCAACCAAACCUGUCAAACAAGAUAAAUAUUGUGUCCGUCACUAUAUAAGCUAUGAAUUAUAAGGCARAGACCUCCAUUAAAAAAUGCAUAUGACUAAUUAAUGGUUAUAAUAUUAGAAAUUAGGAGGAAAUUAUACCUGGAUGUGUUGUAUCCGCCUUACUAGUGCAUAACUUAGCAAAUUUUACAUUCAGCAGAAUCAGUAGAUCUCGUUUAGCUCCGUUAGUUUAAAAACUAGCCACUAGAGUGAAUUUACCUCUUAUAAAAUGUAAA